AUGCUCCUGUGUCGCGUCUUGCUCCCCGGCAACGCGCACUUACCUUUCGCUGCUCCGGCUCCUCCUCCCUUCGCCUCGUCCUCCACCUUGCGUUUCGCCUCGCUCUUUUCCCAGGUCUGCAUUUCUCACCAGCCGAACCCAAACCACUUCCCAAUAGCGUACUCCCGCUAUUUUACCACGAUGCCACCCAAGCAGAAGCGCAAGGCGGCACCCGCCGCGGAAUCCAGCGACUCUGGAAGAAAGAGAACAAAGACCGAGCAAAACGGAGGAGAUGCCUUGCGCAAGCCGCACCCUUUCCACGAGGACGCCGAGAAGCAUGGAAUCGUCCUCCGGAAGUUCUAUCCGCACGAAAUGAGCAAUGACCGAGCACGCGCCUACAACGAGAACGAGCUUCCCAGACCCAUCGAGGAGCUCACAUCCGCCUUGGAGCAGACUUCCAAAACCAGGAAGGCCGUCGAGACAAAGAAUGCCGUCGUCCACUGGUUCAAGAUGGAUCUCCGGACGACAGACAACAGAUCGUUGUCUUUGGCAAGCGAAAAGGCCAAGGAGGCAGGGGUUCCGCUGAUCGCCAUGUUCAUUGUCAGCCCCCAGGACUAUGAGGCUCAUCUAACGGCCCCCAUCCGCAUCGACUUCAUGCUCAGGACUCUGCAUGUUCUGAGAAAGGACCUCGCCAAAUUAGAUAUCCCACUCUAUGUCGAGACCGUUGAGAAGCGCAAGACGAUUCCCGACAGAAUCGCCGAGCUCAUGGAUCAGUGGGGCGCCAGCCACUUGUUUGCCAAUAUGGAGUACGAAGUGGACGAGCUUCGACGCGAGGGAAAGAUGGUCCGCAUGUUUGCCGACAAAGGACUCUCGUAUGAGGUGCUGCACGACACGUGCGUUGUUCCUCCCGGGCAAUUGACCAGCGGAGCAGGCAAACAGUACGCCGUCUAUUCGCCUUGGUUCCGGGCCUGGGUCCGGCACGUCCACGAGAACCUUGACCUGCUGGAGCUAUACGAUCCGCCCGCGAAGAACCCGCCCAGCGCCAGGGAGAACUACAGCAAUUUGUUUGACACGGAGAUCCCGGAGGAGAUUGUGGAUCGGACGCUCGAUGACGACCAGAAGAAGCGCUUCCGCGCCUUCUUUCCGGCAGGGGAACACGAGGCACGAAGCCGUCUGGAGAAGUUCUGCGAGGAAAAGGUUGGCCAGUAUCACAACAAACGCAACAUCCCUCACGAUGCUGGGACCUCGAACUUGUCAGUGCAUCUUGCCAGUGGGACCAUCAGUUCGAGAACAUGCGUGCGUCACGCCCGGGACCGCAACAAGACGAAGAAGCUGGACGCGGGCAACGAGGGGAUCCGCGUCUGGAUUAGCGAGGUGGCAUGGCGAGACUUUUACAAGCACGUCUUGGUAAAUUGGCCAUACGUGUGCAUGAACAAGCCUUUCAAGCCCGAAUACGCAAACAUCGAAUGGUCCUACGAUAUGGACGACUUCAAGGCCUGGAAAGAGGGCAAGACCGGCUUCCCCAUUGUGGACGCUGCGAUGCGCCAGAUGGUCCACAUGGGCUGGAUGCAUAACCGAUGUCGCAUGAUCGUCGCCUGCUUCCUGGCCAAGGAUCUUCUCAUUGACUGGCGCAUGGGAGAGCGGGUGUUUAUGGAAACCCUCAUUGAUGGCGACUUCGCCUCCAACAAUGGUGGCUGGGGUUUCUCUGCCAGCGUCGGCGUCGAUCCCCAGCCUUACUUCCGCAUUUUCAACCCGCUCCUUCAGAGCGAGAAGUUUGACGCCGACGGGGACUACAUUCGCAAGUGGGUGCCUGAGCUGAAGGGCAUCAAGGGCAAGGCCAUUCAUGCUCCAUACGAUCGCGGUGCUGGCGCUCAGGCGAAAAAGGCAGGCUACCCUGAGCCAAUGGUUGAACACAAGGGAUGUCGUGAGCGGGCGCUCUCGGCAUACAAGGCCGGCCUAGGAAGGACUGACUUGUGA